AUGGCCGACCAAGCGCCAGCUAAUCAAUCAACAACCCUUAGUCAGAAAGUCUUCGGUGGACUUUCUUCCAUUAAAGAUUCCAUAAAGAAGGUGCAACUACCACUGAAAAAAGGAGCUCUGUCAGGCGGUGUUGUGGUCAUGAAGCUGGGCCUAAGUAAGUUGGCUUUCCAAUGCCCUGAGCAGAAUUACGGAGUUUACAGUAUGCUGUUUAUAACUGCGCCUGCAGUGCUUUUACUUUGCCUUGCUUUGAUGCUAUCGAAACCUUUUUGGCAUCUGACACUGGGAUCCUGUUCUCUUCCAAGACGUUUUCGCCAAAGUAUCUGGAGGCGUUACCGUAGAUCUUUAUAUCUUUGCCUCUUUGCUCCAAUUGUUUGGCUCUUGUUUGUUUAUGUUCAAGCUGAUUAUUACGUUUGCUACAAACUUGGUGCGGCUGAACAGCGUUACAACGCAACAUCGAGUCCCUUGGAGAAGUCCAUGAUUUUGCUCGAGAUCGAAUCCAUUGAAGCUGAAUCACACAUGAUCGCGAUUGUGAUGGUAGUGGUAGUUGCUCUUCUUGCGACCAUUGGCAUUACACUGGACCGCUGUUGCACAAAGGCGGACAAAACCAUUACCGAUGAAGAAGAGUACGUUUUUUUCUUGGCCGAGGAACAAGUCAAGUUGUUUAACGCGAAGUUAGAGCCAUUGGCUAAAGAGCAGGCCAAGCAAGAGGUGGAAGAGCUCUUUGAGAAAUACAAGGACGUCUCAAGUGAUCCAGCAGAGAAAAUACGAUUGAUUUCAAAGGAGAUUGAGAAAAAAUUUCCCUGGAUGGCUGUAGGAACUAUCUGA